UUCCACUUCCAUGGUGCUGAUCAGGGGCAGUCAUCAAACUGUUCGUGUGUUUGUCAUUCUCCCUCGAGCAUUAGUACGGCGUCCAUUUUUCGUUCCCCAGAUUAUCUCAAAAAUGGCGACGAUUUUGACUCCCUUGAACAGGUGACUGGAGCCCUUGCACAGGCAGGCUUGGAGUCUUCCAACCUUAUCAUAGGGAUUGACUUUACAAAAAGCAAUGAGUGGACAGGGAAAAAAUCUUUCACGGGGAGGAACCUGCAUGACCUUGGUGGAGAUUGUCCCAAUCCCUAUGAGCAAGCAAUAUCCAUCAUCGGAAGGACGCUUCGACAAUUCGAUGAGGAUAACAGAAUCCCCUGCUACAGCUUUGGAGAUGCAACUACAGGCGAUCAGCAAGUUUUUAGCUUCCAUCUGGAAGAUAGGCCCUGCCAUGGUUUUGAGGAAGUGCUCUCUUGCUACCGAGAAAGAGCUCCUCAUGUAAAACUAGCUGGUCCAACAUCAUUUGGUCCGAUCAUCAGAAACGCCAUCAGAAUAGUCAAUGAUAGCGACGGGCAGUAUCAUAUUCUUCUGAUCAUUGCUGAUGGACAAGUCACAAGAAGUGUAGACACUCCUUAUGGCCACUUUAGUCCUCAAGAACAGAGCACCAUUGAUGCUAUUGUGGAAGCAAGCAAAUACCCUUCGUCCAUAAUUUUAGUCGGUGUGGGUGAUGGACCGUGGGACCAGAUGUACGAGUGUGAUGAUCAAAUCCCGGCUCGAAAAUUCGACAAUUUCCAGUUCGUUAAUUUUACUAACAUCAUGUCGAUGGCCAUUCCAACGCCUAGAAAGGAAACUGAAUUUGCACUGCAAUCUCUAAUGGAGAUACCACCACAAUACAAAGCAACAAUCAGCCUCCAACUUCUGGGCCAAAAAAGAAAAACUGAAGGGCGGUUCCCUUUCCCAAUGCCACUCCCUCCUCCAAUCGCCAAUAUCUCGCUCAACUCUUCUCCAAGCUAUAGGCGCUCUCCAAGCUAUAGGCGCACAAACAGUGACAUGCCCACAUCUCCAUUUGGUCUUGCUCCCUCUCCCCCGAACAGCAACAUACACACACCUCCAUCUGGCUUUGCUCCCUCUCCCUCUCCUUCAGGGCGUUCACCGCCGUUGUCGUUGUCAUCAUCAUUUAACAGGAUUUGUCCCGUAUGCUUUUCUAAGGAGAGAGAUCUGGUAUUUGGGUGUGGACAUCAGGCAUGCUCGGAUUGUGGUAAAGAUCUCUUCUUCUGCCCAUCAUGUCAGACCCAGAUAGAAACCAGGAUAAAGCUGAUCAACUAACAAUAUGAAUCAGGAAUAAGCCAGUUCUAGGAAUUCUCUGAAAAAGCAUUUCUGUAUUGCUAAAGUAAUCGUAGCAGAGAUUUGUGUGCUUAAGAACAA